UUCCACCCACACACAGGUAGAUACAGGUGCACACCUAACUCAUCAAGCGGAAGAAGAGAGUGAAAAUGUGAACUUCACACGUCUCGCCUUUAUCCUUUUUGCUGAUCAACCGACCUCCGCCCGUUUCUCUGACCACAAGUCUUGUCUACUGAUUUGGCUUCAUCUACAGUUUGCUUCUCCCACUCUCCCCUGCACCUGCAUCCGGCUGAUGGUGUUGUUUGACAUGACCUCCUCCUGUGUUCUUCGUGGUGUCCUCGUCAUGAUCAUCUCCAUAACUACACCUGUAUCAGCUGUUCCUACAGUACGGGUGAAGUUUAAUCAGUCUGCUGCUCUGCCAUGUGAACGGACCUGUUCUCGUGAGGCCACAUGGAGAUUGUUCAGUAAUGAUCAUGUAGUGGCUCAGUGCAAUCAGACAUCCUGCUGGUCAGAGGAGGGAUUUAAAAUGUCCCAUGAUGAGUACCUGAAGGGAAAUCUCACCCUCACCAUCCCUGCAGCUGAUUUCAGUCAGAGGAAACUGUACACGUGUCGGUGUGAUGGCAGAGACAUAAAAGAUGUGCAGCUCGUAGUCGACAAACUGAUCUCAUCAGUUCAGCUGAAGCCUGGUGAAGAUCUGCUGCUGGAUUUGCACGUAUCAGAGCGAGUGGAGGUGAUCUAUAACCACAGAGAUUCAGAUAAACAGAUCUGCAGUGUGGACAGAAGCUCACUCCACUGUACAGCUGAAUACACCUCGAGAACAUCACUCACUAACACGGUUCUCACACUGAGAGGAGUCCGGUCGACUGAUGGGGGAGUUUACAUCGUCCGAGAUCCGGAGGAGGAGGAAGACCUUCAUAUUUACACAGUCAGUGUUGAAGCUCCAGGACCAAAGAGUGGUGUACCAGUGUGGGUGAUUGUACUGGUGGUGCUGCUGCUGGUGGUGAUUGUUGGCACACUGUAUGUGAAGCGUGUAAUCCUGAGGAAGCAAAGACAACAGCAAAAAGCAGAUUCGAACAGCUCGCCAGAGACAGAACGACUAAACACGGGGACUUCAGAAGAUCGUUUCAUACAGCAGGGUAGUAAUGGAGUCAAAAGAAGGCAGACGUCUACAGCUGUAAACGGAACCAUAGGGCGGUUCCACAUAGGACUGGCCGAGUUGGCUGAUGUCCCACAAAUGGACAGUAGAGCAGAGAGAGGGCAGAGAUCAAACAGCCCCACAGCAGUUCACAACUGGGUGAAAAUGUCACAUAAGUACAAACGGUGCAACUAUAGGAAAGAUGAAGUACAUUAUACAGUUUAGAGAUUCUACAGCUAAUGACUUGUAUGAAAGAGCUGAACAACUCUGCACAGCAACAUCAGUAUUUUAGUGGUGGAACAGUUGUGUGUGUGGUGGAACAGGUGUGUGUGUGUGUGUGGUGGAACAGGUGUGUGUGUGUGUGUGUGUGUGUGUGUGUAUGUAUGUAUGUGUAUAUAUAUAUAUAUAUAUGUGUGUGUGUGUAUCAUGUGUUUAUAUUUUAUAGUGCGUAUAAUGUAAAGUUUAUAUAAUCUAAGGGGAGACCUAAAUUUUAAAAAACCAAAAGUUCGAACAAAUAUGAAAAGCAUGUGCGUAUCAAGCUGUGGGGUGACUUUAUGGAACAGACUGGAGACAGAAACAAAACAAAGUGCAAAUAUAAAUCUGUUUAAAAAAAGGUACAAAAAAAUAUUUUUAAACAAGUAUAUUACAGAGGAAGUAUGUUAAUGGAGGAUGAUGAGGGAUAAAUAGAAUAGGGUUGAUUGUUAUAUUAGAACUAGCUUAGUAUAUGGUAUAUAAUUACUUAUGGGGAUAGAUAUCUUCAUAUUUACUGGGAUAAGUAUGUAGUAGAUAUUUUUUUGUAAUUAUAUAUUUAUAUAGAUAUUUAUGAAGUGUA